GGAGGAGGAGCGCGUUCCGCCGGCAGCGCCCCGGCCCGCACCGCACCGCACCGCACCGCACCGGAUCCGGCCCCCAAGGCUUGCUGCACACCCCGAUGCUGACACCGAAGGCGAUGCUGCAGCCCUAGGAAAGCGGCCAUGAGCCAGAGCGGUGCCCCACGCCUGGCCGGUUCCCCGCAGCUGCAUGGCGGCUCGCUGCUGGCCCUGCUGGGCCCCGAGCGGGGCGGUGGGAGCGAGCCGGGCCCCACUCCUUCCCCUCCAUCCCCCCCCAGCGGGACGCCGUCACCGGGACCCCCCCCGGCCCUGCUGGAGGCCGACUGGGAGGGCCGCGAGGAGCUGCGGCUGCGGGAGCUGGAGGAGGCGCGGGCGCGGGCGGCCCAGAUGGAGAAGACGAUGCGCUGGUGGUCGGAUUGCACGGCCAACUGGAGGGAGAAAUGGAGCAAAGUGAGGGCAGAACGGAACCGGGCCCGAGAGGAGGUGCGGCAGCUGCGGCAUCGCCUGGAGGCGCUCACCAAGGAGCUGGCCGGGCUGCGGAGAGAGCGCCAGGAGGGGCUGCAGGAGCGGCAGCAGCUGGGCCGGCAGCUGGCACGGCUCCGCGGCCAUGAGGGUGGCACCGAGGGUGAUGGCGAUGGUGAUGGCGAGGCCGCCCCUGAGAGUGAGCCUGUGCGGGAUGUGGGGGCUGAAACACCUCCUAAAGCCAAGGAGCUGGAGCUGAUGGAGAACAUCCUGAAGGGCAAACAGGAGGGCACCGACAGCUGGGAGCAGCGCAGCACUGCGGGCACCCGGAGCUCCUUCUCGCGCCAGGAGCGGAGCCGGCUGCUCUGGGAGGACGUCAGCGUCGUUGAGGAAGAUGCCUCCAAAAUCACCGCCCUGAAGCUGAGGCUGGAUGAGUCUCAGAAAGUGCUGCUCAAAGAGAGGGAGGACAAGCUGGCACUCAGCAAGAGCAUCGAGAAGCUGGAAGGCGAACUGAGCCAGUGGAAGAUCAAGUAUGAGGAGCUCAACAAGAACAAGCAGGAGGUGAUGAAACAGCUGAACAUCCUCAAGGAGAUCCACCAGGACGAGCUGGGACGCAUCUCAGAGGACCUGGAGGACGAGCUGGGUGCUCGCUCCAGCAUGGACAAGAAACUGGCAGAGCUGCGCAUGGAGAUGGAGCGGCUGCAGGCGGAGAAUGCAGCCGAGUGGGGCCGAAGGGAGCGGCUGGAGACGGAGAAGCUCAACCUGGAGCGGGAGAACAAGAAGCUGCGGGCGCAGAUCGAGGACCUGGAGGAGGUGCUGGCUCGUAAACGGCGUCAGACGGCCAGCGCCCUGGACACCGACCUCAAAACCAUCCAGGCUGAGCUGUUUGAGAAGAACAAGGAGCUGGCAGACCUGAAGCACGUCCACGCCAAGCUGAAGAAGCAGUACCAGGAGAAGACGGCCGAGCUGGCCCACGCCAACCGCCGCGUGGAGCAGCACGAGGGUGAGGUGAAGAAGCUGCGCCUGAGGGUGGAGGAGCUGAAGAAGGAGCUGGCCCAGGCUGAGGACGAGCUGGACGAGGCCCACAACCAGACACGGAAGCUGCAGCGGUCGCUGGACGAGCAGACGGAGCAGAGUGAGAGCUUCCAGGUGCAGCUGGAGCACCUGCAGUCCCGGCUGAGGAGGCAGCAGAGCACCCCCCUCUUUGGCAAGAUGCGCAGCGCUCGCUUUGGCCCUGAAGACCCCGGGGAUGGCACCAGCGACCCCGAUGAGGAUGAGGACUUGCAGAUCCAGGUGCCCUAAAGUCUGGGGCCGUGGGGACAUCCCGUGGUGAUCCCCUGCCAACAAGUGCCUGUCGUCACCGGGCUCAUCCUGAACUGCUUUGCACCGCGUCCCCUGUGCCGUGACCUCGCUGUGGAUGGGGAAACAGGCACAGGACAGCAGGGAGCAACUUGCUGGGGGGUGUCCCGAGCUCGCUGCCUGCACCUCUUGGACUGACACCCCUUGGCCACCUGAGAGGCUCUGAGCAUCAGCCAAGGGGAAUGGGAGGAGGAAGCCUGCAGCAGAGAGUGGGGCUGAGCCAAGCAGGUUGAACCGGGGCCUGCAGCCUGCCAGCCUGUCCUGCCCACUAUUUUAUAUAUAUAUAUAUAUAUAAUUUGUAUGUAUGUAUUUGUAUAUGACUUUUUUAUUAUAAACACCAAAUGCA